AUGUGAAUAGUUUUACAGUGAUUUUAAAGACUGAUCUCCAAACUCCUCGACGGAAACAAGUUUCCCUUUUGUUCCGAGUGCUGCUGCGUUAAUCUGGGUCCGCACGGCGAGAAUCACCGCCGACUCUCCGGACUGGCAUUGGCCCGCGGUGUCAAACUGAGAAAAAUCCUCAACCAUGACGAUCCACCCACACACAGCCCUGCUGUCAGUGUCGAGUACAAACCCGUGCCCUGAUUGCUGCUUGGAUUUCCGUCAGCAGCUGCACCUGCAUUCAGCAGUGGCUGCAACUAAGGCCUCCGGCCUCCAGAUGGCGACAUUGUGCGUCUCUCAUGGAUGCUGGUGACGUGAUGACGUUUGAAGCGGAAGCAGCGGAAGUCGGGUCUGUGCUCUGUAAGAUGAAGAUAAACAAGCUGAAAUCUUAACUUGGGGUAAAAAGUGAGGGUUUAAAACCGGAGUAGACAUGAAGACGGUGUUCGUUACCGUCGGAAGCACGCGCUUUGAUGAGCUGAUCGAAAGCGUCACUUCCUCUGAGGCCACACAGGUGCUGAAGUUUCGGGGAUAUGAGCGUCUGGUUCUUCAGGUCGGAAAAGGAUCUUUGCUUCCAGAUGCCGACAGCUGUGCUCACCUCAGCGUGGAGGCUUUUCGCUUCAAAGACUCAAUAGCAGAAGACAUGAAGCAAGCUGAUCUUGUCAUCAGCCAUGCAGGAGCAGGAAGUUGUCUGGAGGCUCUCGGUGCCGUAAAACCUCUGCUAGUUGUGGUCAAUGACAAACUGAUGGACAACCACCAGCUGGAGCUGGCCCGGCAGCUGCACAUGGACCACCACCUGCUGUACUGCACAUGCAGCACUCUGACAGAAACGCUGAAGAACAUGGACCUCUCUGUUCUGCAACCGUUUCCGCCUGGACAGCCGAAGAACUUUGCAAACUUUUUAGACAAAGCCCUUGGAGUGAAGUGACGUUUUAACUCCACAACGCUGUGGAUUAUGUUACACAUGAAAGUGCUGACUCUACAUUGUGAAGGAUCAUGACUUUAUAAUGUUACAGGUGUGUUUUUUUAAUUAUAUGUAUAUCUGUCAUCCUAUGAAUGUUCAGCCUUUUAAUAUUUCCAUUUUAAAAUGACUUUACAGUUAAAUACUUCCUCAGCCUGAGGGCUUAUGACAAAGCUUUGCAGAAACUGUUAAGUAAAGCAUUAAAUCGAAUGUAAAAUCACCAUCAGUAAGGUGACUGAACUUCUAAAUCUUUAUGCAGUUCGUGCAUUUUGUCAUUGAGUUUGACCGCUGCAGCCGAGUUCAUAAACAAAGAAGGUCAGAACUAAUGAUAACGCUCAGUUUUAGACUAAAUAACCUCUUAUAUCCUUUUUGUUAAAUGUUCAAAUUACAUUGCUUGAUGGUAAAGUGACGAGCAUUUUACUUGCUUUGGGAGAGAGGGUAUCUUCACAAAUAUUUUACUUUGAAGACUUCAGGAAAUAUUUUCGUUAUUAUAUUUUCCCACUAGAUAGAAAUCUAUCUUUGCUUGCAGGUCAGCUCUUUUGCAUUAAUCCGAUUUGUUUGUUACUUCAGAAACUUUGUAAUCAAAGUUGAUCACAGUGAACAAGUCUAAUAUAAUAUAAAAUGCUAUUUGGAUCAUCUAAACUACACUGUGCACUUCUUUAUGAAUGUCAGUUAACUAAAAACCUGUCUUGACAAAAACUAUGUUUGGUACUAAUAAAGCCUCACACAGCAGUGUCUUCCCUCUGAUACCCCUAAAUAAAAUGUCGAGCAACCAACAGCCUUCCAAAAUAAUCUAAUCAGUAAAUAAAACCUGAGUGUUUGCAACUUAAUCUCUGCAUAAAUUCAGCUGUUCUGUGAAGGCCACAGGUGUUUUUUUAGAGAACAUUAGAGAACAAACAACAUCAUGAAGACAGAGGAACCCAGCAGACAGGAAGAAAUUUAAAGUGUUUAUGAUUCUGCAGUCCACAAAUCUGGCAUUUAAGGAAGAGCGCAGGAAGGAAACUAUAUGAAGUCCUCUGUAAAUUGUGUAGUU